UUUUAUUUAAUAAGUUAUACAGGGAGAAGUUGAUCAUUAAAUUAAAAGUCGUCUGUUUCUUGGUGUAAAGUCUCUUUGCUUUUUCAACAUUUCAGGUUUUAUCUGCUAGAUUUAGAUAUCAUUUCUUUGUUAUUAGUGCAUAUAAUAGUAAAUUGUGGAAUCAUGACAGAAGCAUCAGGUGUUUGUGUUUCAAUGACCCGAAGAUGGGAUUUCAGUGUUCAUGAAGUUGCUCAAAGCAGUUUCAGACGCGCCAAUCACCUGUUUAGUUGCAUUUCUGAUCAAAGUCAAAAGAGAAGCAUUCAAGAAGUAAGCCUUAUGGCUCAUGAUGCAGUAAAUGGAUUCAGAAAAUUGCUUACCCUCCUUGAUGGAUCAAUGCAAUCAGACUGUAAGAGGAUCAGAAAGGGGCCGCUGCCAAAAUCCCGUAACGUAAAUCCAAUUGAAUUGAUGGAUAGCCCCAAUUUUGCAUCUCAAAGUUCUGGUUCCAAAUCACAUCAACCACAUAUUCUCAGACAAUUAGUUUCUCCACGUAGUAAUCAAUCAUAUACUGGUUUGAUCCCCAGAAAUGUGGUGGUUUUGCCAAAUUUAAUCAUGGGGUUGCAUCGUUCUUCAACACUGCCAAGAAUGCAUAUGUUUAGUUUGGAUGGACUAAGUAACAUCGACAAGAAGAUACUUCCACCGUCAUCAUCAGAAAUUCUGGUUUCUCAGGAUGAACGUUGUAUGCUUCCUUCCAAGAGAAAGGUUGGGGUAGAGAGUGAAGAAGCUAGUAUAAAAUGUGCAGCCUCAACUGGUGGUUGUCACUGUUCAAAAAGAAGGAAACUGAGAAUAAAGAAAACAAUUCAAGUUCCAGCUGUAAGCAACAAACUAUCUGAUAUACCUCCAGAUGAUCACUCUUGGAGGAAAUAUGGACAGAAACCCAUAAAAGGCUCUCCAUAUCCGAGGAGCUACUACAAAUGCAGCAGCAUGAGGGGAUGCCCUGCUAGAAAGCACGUGGAAAGAAGUUUGGAGGAUCCAAGCAUGCUAGUUGUGACUUAUGAAGGAGAUCAUAAACACUCGAGGAUUACAUUUCAAUCUCCCCCAAUGUGAUAGUUUAAAUUCAGAAGUAGAAUUAAUCCAGGGAAUUCCAUUCCAAAGCUAGAUGUGUUUCUGCCUAAGCUUGGAAAUUCGUUUAGGACUUUGUUUCUCUGUUUUCUCCUUUGAAUGUUCAUAAACUUCUGCAGUUUCAAGCCUGUCUCUUCCUUUAUGUAAUGGUAACUUCCACAAAUUAGUCGAAUUAACAACUGCACACAUCACAAUUAAAAUGUUCAUUCAGUUUUUUUUUUUUUUUUAACUGACCC